AUGAUCGCCGUCCUCCAGCUGGCUUCCAGAAAGAAACGCCUCUCCAGCAGGUGCGCUUCCUUUGUUUGCUUUGGUUGCGCCUCUGCAAGGCUUGAUACUAAAUCUCAUCUUAGAGUGGGCCAUGCCAAACAUCAUGAUGUCUCUUCAGGGACCCUGGUUUCCACCAAGGGCAUGCAUCCUUCUGAUAAUGGAAAUGGUGAUAGUAGAAAGGUUGCACUUAAAAGUAGCUUAAAAAGGCGAGAAAAUAAACAACCAGCUCCUGUUGAGGCUGUUUCCGAACAUGAGGCAUCGGUAGGAAAAGGGAAUAAUGCUCAUGGUCAAACAGGGAGAAGGGAAGUUCAAUGGACAGAUGCUUGUGGUAGUGAGCUUGUUCAAAUACAAGAAUUUGAACCCAGUUUGGAAGUUCCUGAAAGUCUUGGGGCUUUGAUUGAAAACGGUUUGCAUUUUCAUGAGAUCCCUUUCCUCACCAUGUUCUCUCUAUUCACUGGCUUCAACAUUUUGAAGGAUUUCUCCAUUGAAAAUUGCGAAGUGUCAGUUGAUGAAUUUGACAAUGGGAAUAACAAAACUUGCUCCUGUGCUAUAAUGUAA